CAUCCUUGUCACGUUUUCGAUAAGACGCCCGUGCCGCGAGCGGGUACACAGCAGCGUCCGUUUGCAUUGGAGUCGCUUCUACACGCUUCCAGACGCGGCCCGGUCGCGCGAGGGCUGCCCGCGCCGAGCCAAGCCCAUCACCUGAGUAGCGAGCACCCCAGCGCCGCCGAAGGCAUUGGCGCGGCGGCGCGGGCGCACCUGGUAUGGGAAGUGAGCAUGCGCGCGGCAACCGGAGGCGCCGCGGCCGCUGCUCCGCCGCGGGCUCCACUGGGGGCUCCGCGGUCGGUUCCGAAGUAGACUACGACAGUAGACUACGGCUUGGUCGGCUCGGCGUGCUGCGCCGCGCACCGGCGCAGCGUGCUCCCGGACGGCGCACGCGUCGCGUCGGACGAUGCGUCGGACAGCCGCUGAGACGAAGCGAGCGCGACGAAGAGGCCACUGACGCGCCCCCCCCCGCAGGUCGGUCCAGGAUGUCGUUCCUCUUCGACGACAGCUACUAUAAGAUCGGCAAGAAUGGCGUAUCGCCGGCCCAGAACAUGUGCGCCUACCUCGGCGGGAGCGCCAUCCAAACCGUCGGCGACAACCCCGUGACGGCCUACCGCCAGCUCGUGCAGCAGUACGCCAAGGACGUCAACGGGAACACGGUGGCGCCCAAGGUGGCCGUGGGCGAGGCGAACGCGACGUUCCGGGCGAACCCCAUCGGGGCGUCGCUGUCGGGCCUGUGGCCGCGGUUGAUCGGCGUGCUCCUGAAACGCGUCCCCAAGUUCGGCUUCCUGCUGGGCUACUCGCACUUCGUCGGCGAGGGCACGCCGGGCUUCGCGGCGGCGACGUGCGCCUCUAUUUGUAGUGCGCCGUUCAUCAACCCCGUGCGACUCGUCGAGAAGCAGCAGCGGGCCUACUUCAAGCAGACGGGCCAGGCGAAGCCCGUCGGCGAGAUUUUGAGGGAGUCGGCGGCCAAGAACUUCCUGCCGCUGUUUCGGGGCACGAUCCCGCUCAUGGGCCACUCGCUCGCGUCGGCGAUGCUCGGUUUGGUCGGCCAGCCGCGCCUGCAAAAGUACGUACAGAAGGAGCUCGGGGCUUCCGGUAGUUUAUCGGGCACGGCGACGAAUUUGGUCGCGUCGGCCGUCGUCUCGCCCAUCUACGUCGUCGUGACGAACCCCCUCUCGCGCCUCGAGGUGAUCAUGCAGACGAACUCGCUGAAGGGCAAGAGCAUCGGCGCCGUCGCGGCGGUGCAGGAGCUCGGCGCGGACAUGGCCAAGUUCGGGCUGUCGGGCAUCUUCCGCGGCCAGGGUAUUGGGAUCGCCAAGGCCAUCGUGUCGCUGACGCUCUUCCACGAGGGGCGGAUCUACCUCACGAACCAGUUCAAGGCGUACAACCUGAAGAAGCUCGACUGAGCGUAGUGUGUCCCCCCCUCCCCUCGUCUCCCCCUCUCACGACGUAAGAAAUUCUCCGAGU